UAGUCGACAUUGGUCAGGCUGUUAAAAUGUUGUUGAGAGGAAAUCAUUAAGAUAAAUGGGGGUUUGACAUAGGAAGAUAUGACACAUUCAGCGGACAUCGAUCGCCAAGUAAAGACGGAGGAAUAAAUCGAUAUUUGAACGAGAUGUGGUUACGCGUGACUCCAACGUACGUUUAUCGAGUGAAUGCGUAACGGUUUUAAUUUAAUUUCUUAACGAUUAUUAGCUGUGAAAAUAAUCACAAAUGGCUUCUAGAUCGGGUUUCCCCGUCAACCACAGUAACGUUACCCCAAUAAACCCAAGCAUGAACAGCAUGAACCUUAUUAACCCGGGUCACAGCAGCGCAAUGAGAAUGUCAGCAAUGCCUCAGAAUUCACCCUACAGAGGGAUGGGCAGUUCUCCGAACCAGUAUCACCAACGCCCAAGUAUGCCACCCAGCCGAGGAAUGCCAAUGGGGGGCAUGGGGUCUAUGGGUUCCCCUCUACCUGGUCCGUCUUAUAGUGGAGCCAUGCCCAUGCGACCUGGGAUGCCUCAAGCCGCGAUGGACCCCAACCGGAAGAGACUUCUUCAGCAGCAACAGCAGCAGUCCGGUGGUCUUAUGGGUCAGAGAAGGGGGGUGAAGAGGCGUAAGAUGGCUGACAAAGUGCUCCCACAGAGGAUCAGGGAUCUGGUCCCAGAGUCUCAGGCUUACAUGGACCUUCUGGCCUUCGAGAGAAAGCUGGACCAGACCAUUGCACGCAAACGCAUGGAGAUACAGGAGGCCAUCAAAAAGCCGAUCACGCAAAAACGCAAACUGAGGAUCUACAUUUCUAACACCUACACACCUGGCAAGCCAGAGGGAGAGGAGGCUGAAAAAGUGGCAUCCUGGGAACUUCGAGUGGAAGGCAAACUCCUGGAGGAUCCUGGGAAACAGAAACGAAAGUUUUCAUCCUUCUUUAAAAGCCUGGUCAUUGAACUGGACAAAGAACUUUAUGGCCCAGACAACCACUUGGUGGAGUGGCACAGAAUGCCCACAACUCAGGAGACUGAUGGAUUUCAGGUGAAGAGACCAGGAGAUGUGAAUGUGAAAUGUACUCUCCUUCUCAUGCUAGAUCACCAGCCUCCGCAGUAUAAGCUGGAUCCACGUCUGGCUCGACUGUUGGGAGUCCACACUCAGACCAGAGCCAGUAUCAUGCAAGCCUUGUGGCUCUACAUCAAAAACAACAAGCUGCAAGACUGCCAUGAGAAAGAGUUCAUUAACUGCAACCGAUACUUCAGACAGAUUUUUGGAUGCCCCAGGAUGAGAUUUUCGGAUAUUCCCAUGAAGCUCGCCAGCCUCCUUCAGCACCCUGACCCCAUCGUCAUCAAUCAUAACAUCAGUGUGGAUCCCAAUGAUCAGAAAAAGACUGCAUGCUUUGAUAUCGAUGUUGAGGUGGACGACCCUCUGAAGGCUCAGAUGACCAGCUUCCUGUCAUCCACAACCAAUCAGCAGGAGAUUGCUACCCUGGAGAUGAAGAUCCAUGAGACUAUUGAAUCCAUCAAUCAGUUGAAAACCCAGAGGGACUUCAUGCUCAGCUUUAGUAACAACCCGCAGGAUUUCAUCCAGGACUGGCUCAAGUCUCAGAGCCGAGACCUCAAGUUAAUGACAGACACCGUGGGUAAUCCAGAGGAGGAGAGGAGAACUGAGUUUUAUCACUCAAACUGGGUUACAGAAGCUGUUGGACGCUACAUAUUUUCAAAGGUCCAGCAGAGGAGACAAGAAUUGGAACAGGUACUAGGAAUCCGACUCACUUAAGAAGAUUCAGACUCCAGAUCCAGUCAUCCAAGGAAUCAGCUCAAAUACAGAUGAGAAAAAAUCCAAUAGAUGCACUUCAUAUAGAAGUUUUGGGUGCUGGUAUUGUUUGGUAUAUUCCACUGUCAUAAACUUCUUGUCA